AUGCAUCGCGCCAUCUCCGCUGCUCCUAGGGCAGCUGUUCGUUCGUCCCGAGUCCGCCCUGGAUCUUUAAUACAACAACGUUUCGCGCACAAGGAGCUCAAGUUCGGUGUGGAAGGCAGGGCAUCGCUGCUACAGGGCAUUGACACGCUCGCAAAGGCUGUUGCCACUACUUUGGGACCAAAGGGCAGGAAUGUGCUCAUCGAGUCGAGUUAUGGCUCGCCAAAGAUCACGAAGGACGGUGUAACUGUCGCCAAGGCUGUCGCGCUCAAGGACAAGUUCGAGAACUUGGGCGCAAGGCUUCUGCAGGAUGUCGCCAGCAAGACCAACGAGGUUGCUGGUGACGGCACCACCACCGCUACCGUCCUUGCCCGUGCCAUCUUCUCCGAAACCGUCAAGAACGUCGCCGCCGGCUGCAACCCGAUGGAUCUGAGACGGGGUACUCAGGCAGCUGUUGACGCUGUUGUCGACUACCUCCAGAAGAACAAGCGCGACAUCACCACUUCAGCAGAGAUCAGCCAGGUGGCCACCAUCUCCGCGAACGGCGACACACACAUUGGCUCGCUUCUGUCCAGCGCGAUGGAGAAGGUCGGCAAGGAGGGUGUCAUCACCGUCAAGGAGGGCAAGACUAUCACCGACGAGCUGGAGGUAACUGAGGGUAUGAAGUUCGACCGCGGCUACAUCUCGCCUUACUUCAUCACGGACACCAAGUCGCAGAAGGUGGAGUUCGAGAAGCCGCUCCUGCUGCUCUCGGAGAAGAAGAUCUCUGCCGUCCAGGACAUUGUCCCGGCUCUCGAGGCCUCUCAGCAGAUGAGGAGACCUCUCGUCAUCAUUGCCGAGGACAUCGAGGGCGAGGCGCUCGCAGUCUGCAUCCUCAACAAGCUCCGUGGACAGCUCCAGGUCGCCGCCGUUAAGGCGCCCGGCUUUGGUGACAACCGCAAGAGCAUCCUCGGCGACCUGGGCGUUCUCACCAGCGGUACUGUCUUCACCGAUGAGCUCGACAUCAAGCUCGAGAAGGCUACGCCAGACAUGCUCGGAUCUACCGGCUCCAUCACCAUCACCAAGGAGGACACUGUCAUUCUCAACGGCGAGGGCAGCAAGGAUGCAGUCACCCAGCGCUGCGAGCAGAUCCGCGGCGUCAUGAGCGACCCAAGCACUUCCGACUACGAGAAGGAGAAGCUUCAAGAGCGUCUUGCUAAGCUCUCUGGCGGUGUUGCCGUCAUCAAGGUGGGUGGCGCCUCGGAGGUUGAGGUCGGCGAGAAGAAGGAUCGCAUGGUUGACGCUCUCAACGCUACUCGUGCUGCCGUCGAGGAGGGUAUUGUGCCUGGUGGUGGCACUGCGCUCCUCAAGGCUGCCGCCAACGCGCUCGACAACGUCAAGGCUGCCAACUUCGACCAGCAACUCGGUGUUUCAAUUGUCAAGUCUGCCAUCACCCGCCCCGCCAGGAUGAUUGUCGAGAACGCCGGUACUGAGGGCUCAGUUGUCGUUGGCAAGCUCAUGGACGAGUUCGGCAAGGACUUUAACAAGGGCUUCGACAGUCAGAAGGGCGAGUACGUCGACAUGAUCUCCUCGGGUAUCCUGGAUCCUCUCAAGGUCGUACGGACAGCACUCAUGGACGCCUCCGGUGUGGCCUCCCUUCUGGGUACGACUGAGGUCGCAAUCGUCGAGGCACCAGAAGAGAAGGGCCCCCCAAUGGGCGGGGCAGGUGGCAUGGGCGGCAUGGGAGGAAUGGGAGGCAUGGGCGGCGGCAUGUUCUAA